AUGCCCUUGGGCUUAGGCGAGCAGCCCGCCGUCACGCCCGGCUCUCCUGACAUCCUAUGCAUCGCUAUCCGGAACCUGUCAAUGUACCUGCGCGACCUCAGGCUCGAAGACCUCCGCGUGUCCCCCGAACUGUUCUGGCCAACAGUUGAACAACAGCGGCAGCAGCCUUUAUGGCCGCACUUGGAGACUCUCUAUCUGAACUUCGAGCCGGUGGAUAGCUACGGCCGCUUCUACGCCGACCCCAUCCCCGAAGAACUCGCCUACAACGCCACUCAAAACACGCCGGUCGAAUCCAUCAAGCGCGCCCUGCCGCGGCGCUAG